AUGGCAGGUCGAGUCCGGGAGCUCGGCUAUGGGGCGCGGCUCAUGGCACGCCGGGAGUUCUGGAUCAUCCACGCGCUGGUUAACAACCCCGACAAGACCCCAGAGGAGGCCAUCCAGGAACUCCUCCGGGAGCGCAACAGCCAGUUCCAGCAGCGGCGGGAUUCCAACCGGACCUACGUGCGGGACCGGCUGAACCAGCAGCAUGCCUUCCACACGAUGCAGUCGAUCUGCGAGCUCGCCUAUCUCCUCCCUGCCGACGAGCAGAUCAAACUGUUGCAACUGGUCGCGAGGCUGCAACGGAAGGCGGUCCCCGAGUCGGUCACGCGCGGUGGCAUCGUGAAAGUCGCCUUCUCUGACCGGAUGUGGCUCGAUCUCCCCUGCCUGCGCGAGUACAUCAACCACCGGUUCUCAUUCGCCCCGCUGGCCAUGUUCAAGGGGUUCCCGACGUGCCGGUGCACGGGGAUGCAGAACCGCGCGCCCUGCGGGGAUCACUGCCGGGACUACCCGCCGCAGGAAGUGCAGGAGUGGGAGAAUCGCAACGCCUUCAUCGCCCAGCUGACGAAUUGCAUCCCGCGCCUCGGCCAUCGCAUGGACUUCACCCGGUUAGGGUUCAGGCUGUGCGUCCGCGCGUUGGAGAAUGCAGACGUCAACGCGCUGGAGGAAGAGGCCGUCCGCGCCGCUUGCUUCUGGUUCGCCCUCGCAGGGAAUCCCAUGUGGGACACCUGCGUGGCCGGGUUUCAAGUGGAUGAGCCGGAGUCUGAACAGCCAAAAGCUUUCGACCGAGCGCGCUGGGCCGGCUGGAAAAAUGCGAUCAAUUCCUUCGGGGUGCACUUGGUGCGGCGAAGUACGCAGGCGCUAAUGAAAGAUGCAUUGGCGGCGAUGGACGAGGCCGAGCGUGCACAAUGA